UUCCUGCGGUGUGUGCGACCCGGCCCCGGUUUCCGGUAGCUGACAGCCGCCGCAGCCUGUCCCUGCCUCCUCCGGCGGUAGUGCCGCCGAGCCGGGCAGAGCGCACGGACGCGGACACAGACACGCACGGGAGGUGGAGGAGGAGGAGGGAAGAGGAGGAGGGACCGGAGCGCUCCCAGCACCAUCACCGAUCCCCCCAUGCGAUACGGGCGGCAUCGCGCUGCGCCGCUCCCCCGCGGACAGGCACCUGCAGGGCUUUCAGCCACUCUAGGAAUGCUGGAGUGAAUGGGACUGAAUUGGUGGAACACUUUUAUUUUUUAAAGCAUGAUUUAAGGAGGUCCAGCUAGUGGUUUUUUUAUUCUGCAAAUGACAAGCAUGAGACUGGAGGAGCACCAGUGUAAGUGCUGGGACCCUGUCAUCUAAACUGUGUCUCCAGCUGACUUCUAGCCAGCCAAGCUUCACCGAUCCUGCACCAUGGAGGACUGCCUUCACACCUCCUCUGAAAACCUCUCCAAGCUGGUGAGCUGGGCCCACAGCCACGGGACCAUCUGCAGCCUCAUCCCCAACCUCAAGCACCUGCUGUCCGAGGGAGCCCACGGCAACCUGACCGCCAUGUGGGGCUGCAGUGCUGGCCAUGCCUACCACUGGCCCCUGGCUGCCACUUGCCGGGCUGGCUCUCAGGAACGCGUCUGCUUCCAGGACAGCCGCAGCUUCAACUCAGACAGUCCCAGUAUGUUGGGAGUGCCCUCUGAGACGCAGGCCAGCCCACUUGAGCGUUACCCAGGCCGGCCAGGGAAGGCCAAGCUGGACUGCACCCGCACCCGUGACUCCUGUGAUUUCUCCUACUGCAGUGAGCCCUCAGAGCUGGGCGAGCCGGUGGAGGAGUACGAAGACGAGGCCACUCUCUUCGACAUGGUCUGCGAGUCCUCCGUCACAGAUGAGGACAGUGACUUUGAGCCACACCUCCACCGUGUGCCCGGCGGCCCUCGGAAGCGGCCACCCGCUGGGCUCCCUGCUGCUGCCCAGGCCCAGCCAGCCGACGAGGGCAGUGGCGAGGUUCUGCUCAAGAAGAUCAAGCAGGAGCUGCCCGAGGAUUACUACAUUGUGGCCAAUGCUGAGCUGACGGCUGGUGCCGAUGGGCCGGCCCUGGCCCUCACCCAGAUGUCCAAGCCCAAAGCACCAGUGCAGGCUGGGCCCUCUGGCCUGGGCCCCACCAGGGCUCUACCCCUUCCUGCUGGGCACGACCCCGACCCGCAACACCUCUGUGCCUCCCCACCCGGCCCACCCCGGCUCCCUGUGCAGAGACCUCCCCGAGCUGCCCUGGUUUCCCCAGCCCGUGGGGCAAGCGGCGGCCCCCCAGCCGCCCUGCAGGCACCAGCCACUAGCUCCAAUGCCGCUGCCGUGGGGAAGGCCAUCAGCAUCCCGCUGUCAGCCCUGCAGCUGCCUGGGCAGGAGGAGGCCCCAGCCGCAGAAGAGACCCUGCUGCCUGCCCCGCAGCCAGCCCCAGGGGGCGGUGAGGCAGCUGUGUCACCUUCUGUGAGCACAGAGCCCGAGGUCAGCUCCAGCCAGCAGCAGCCCCCUGCUGCCCCUGCUGCCACCCCUGAAGCUGCAGUCCCGUCGAUGCCAGACCAGGAUGAGAGAGCAGCAGAGCUCAGCAGGGAGCAGAACGAGAAGACCAUUCGCAGCACACAGACAGCUCUCCGCAAUUUCCGCGAGUUCCUCAUCUCCAAGUAUCCCUCUGAGACCCGAGAGAUCUACGUCAUCCCCUGCAAAGAGCUCGAUGCGUACCUUGCUUCGUUCUUUGUGGAUGCCAGGCAGAAGGAUGGGUCUGAAUACGAGCCAAACAGCCUGGCCAACUAUCAGUGUGGGCUGGAGCGUUAUCUGAAGGAGCAUAGGUAUGGAUACAGUAUUACCAGGGAUAAGGAGUUCAAGAGGUCCCAAGAAGCCCUAAAACAGAAGCAGAUAGAACUGAGGUGUAAAGGUAAAGGGAACAAGCCACACAAGUCCAUGAAGCUCACCUUUGCUGACGAGCUUAUCCUGCGCAAAAGAGGCUUGCUAAGCCGGUACAAUCCUGAAGGGCUCUUGAACCUUGUCUGGCUGAACAACACUAAGGCAUUUGGACACUGCACAGGUUUUCAUGGGUCCACCCUCAAAUGGGGAGACAUCCGGCUGCGGGUGACAGAGACGGGGUUGGAGUACCUGGAGUGGAUGGGACCAGACAGUGGAGAUAUCAAUGCCAAGAGCAAGAGAGGUGGGACAGACUCUCGGGUGUAUGCCACCCAGCACUCCCCACAGACCUGUCCUGUGCAAGACUACAAGGAGUACGCCCAGAGGCGGCCUCCAGCCAUGCGCUAUGAGGAUGCACCUUUUUACCUGUCAAUCAAACCCGUUGUCAACUUGGCUGCCCUUCACUGGUACAAUUGCCAAGCUCUGGGGAAAAAUAAGCUUGCCAAGAUGGUAAAGACAAUGUGCGAGAAGGGCAACAUCCCUGGCAGGAAGACCAACUUCAGUGUCUACCAGAGCUGUAGCACAUUGUCAGAAGCUCAGAGCAACCAGCUUGUGCUGAUCUGCAAUAACUUGAGCCAGCAGGCUGCCCAGUCCAUGGCAAGCCAUACCAAUACUGGCAACUUCAUAGUGUCAGCAUCCUAUGACUCUUCCUCUGACACAGCUUGAAAGAGGGGUAUAACUUGGACAGAUUUUUCUCUUCUGUUUUGUUUUAAGUAUUGAAUUUGUGCCCAAUAAUACACAUCAACUGUGAUUGUACACUACUCUCCCAUAGCCCUCUCUCCAGUGUUGAUUCACUUUAUAAAAAAAUAUAAAUAUAUAAUAUAUUUUUCUUUUUACAGAUAAGUCAAUAGAGAUAGUUUAGUAAUACUAACAUAGUAUUUAUAGUGUUAAUACAAAAAUGAAUGUUACUUGUGGGUUAUAAUAUAAUUGCAGAUUUUAAAAGGACAAAAAUGGUUCUCAGGCAACACAAGAUAGACUGGAAAUACCCUUUUUAACAUGCACACAUCAGUGACUGUAAUUCCCCAGGGAGACUUACGUAGCAAUUCUAUUUUAAAGCAUUUUUUUGACUUCUUAUGUUAACAUGGCCUCCUAGAGUGGAGGAGGCAAAUCUACCACUGGCUGCUGCUUCUUACCUGCUGGCUUGUUCUUGAUCAGAAAUACAAGGAGAUAAGAGAUACAUCAAUGUAAGUCUGUGAAACCAUUUACAAGAAGUUUUCUCUGUUGUUUUUUUCUUUUGUUUUGUUGUCUUUUUUUUGUUGUUGUUGUUGCUGUUUGUUUGUUUCCUGAGGCUUAUUUCUGCCAGAUGGAAAAAAAAAUCCCAAAGUCAGCAAAAGGCUAUUUUUAACUUUUGUUUUUGUUGAUUUUUCUGUUAUCAGAAUAUCACUGGUCUUUAGACUGAAAAGUAUUGUUUUCAACGGUAAGCAAAGGUAUGUUGGCAAAAACAGUCGUGUACAUAAUUUUAACUAAGCACUGAUCAUUAAUGUUUUGUCGCUGUGUAUUCUUAAUGUAAAAUCUACUGACUUUUAUCCACUCUUUCACUACUCUUGGGGAUGUAGGUGUGCAGAAAAAUUCAUUAUCUUAUCCCAAACCAUUCAGAUAAAAUGCAUCAAAUCUGUCCUAAGCCAUUAUUCAAACUCCACAAGAAAUAACAUAGGGAUAGUUUCAUAUUUUCUACAGAAGAUUAAAAAGAUGAGUAGUUUUAAGCACUGGAAAACAAAUCAAAAUCACCUAUGUGUAAUCUGUUUUCAUUGCAGACAAUGGAAAUUGUGUAUGUGAUUCUUAGGGAAGAAUUUGGUCCUUUAAAUACUUGAAAUAAUGAAUGGUGUUGUUCCCGUAUUUGAUUUUGUAGCAUAGUUGUUCUAUGAGUACAGGGAAAACACUAACAAAUUAAGUGUGUCAGUGAACCAUUACAAUUCUUGACUUUUAAAAUGAUGUAUGGUACCUCUGCAGUAAUUCAGCUUAGCUUAUUCAGCGUUACAGAUGGAAAUGUUCCACUAGCAUACCUUAGCAACUUGGUAAGUCUAUGGACAAGUCCCUGACGUGGUAUGGUGUCCUCCAAAGUCCAUGAAAGAUUCAGCCUCAGCUCACAUCCCAUCAGACUGAUACUGAGGACUUUUCUUUUUGCUUUUGUCCUUCUUUAAACUUCAUUGGUUUUAUUUCUUUACAUUCUUUCCUUUCUUUUAUGUAGUUUAAUUCUGCAACUGUGCAGUAAACUCAGUCAUCACUAAUUUAAAAAAAAAAAAGUGCAACAGUAGCAGAAAGAAAUAAAUUAUCCCACCUGGGGCCAUUUAAAAGUUGUUUUUGCUGUUGCUGGGAUGAGGUGUGUAUUCCUGUGUAUGAAGGAAGUGGCAGAACACCUGUGUCUCACUUAAUCCUGGAGGUCUGUUUUGGACAGGGAGUGAUUAGCAGAUGUCCCACAAAAGGUUUGGGAGCAGAGGUUUCCUCUUUAAUGAACAUCUGUCCUCCCAGGAAGCGUCGUGCAGGUGACAGAGCCUGAAUGAUCACUCGUUGUUCUGCACAGCAGAGCUACUAUCAUGCCUUGGUGCUCUGUGUGCUGGCUGCCCUAGGGUCUGGCACGCCAAGGCAGGAUAAUCUUAUCUGCAACCCCUGAGAGCGCUGUCUCUUAGUGCUGCAAGGUAGGCAUUGGUGUGACAGGCACUCACAUUGCAAAGCUGUGCUUUUGUGGCUUGGUUCUGAGGCUUGACACAAAGUGUUGGCACUUCUGAAGUAACUGCAAGUGCCUGUGACUGCCUUGCCGUGGCAAAUCUGGUAAAGAUGAAGGAGAGGGAAACACAGACAUCUGCUGCUUUGCUUCCACAUGAGGCCAACCAGUUGUCUUUUCAUAGCAAUGCUCUACAUGUGAUACAAGUGAAAAUAAUUUUGCAAGGCUGAUGUUGCUCUCUGUAGGAUUUCAUUGCUGUUUGCUGCUGAGUACUCAAGUCACUGAUCUCUGUAUGCAGUGAGUGCUAGGGUGUCAUGCUAAAGAACUCAUUCAUGAUGUUCUGUAGAGCUCCACAAGGGAGCUGCUAGGAAGGGUUUUGCUCUCAACUUCCCCCUGUGCUCACCUCUUAACUAUUGCAGAACCUGACCCAUCUUCCUUUCCUCUCCCAGAGUACAAAGCCAGGUACCUGAUGGCCUUUGUGGAACAGCACAUUUCCCUCUUUGCUGGGAAGACUUGCCUUGAGGUUGUACAGAAAAGUAACUACCCCAUGAUGUGGCUGUCUGUUGUUUCUUCUCAGACCCCAUAAAACAUGAAACCAAAUUUAGUAGUAAUAAACAAUUUCUCUGGUUAGGGUUUAUUGCUUCACAGUGGGCUGUUUUGUGUGGACUAAUAACUGUGGUAAUCCCACUCAUUUUGGACUAGAUGAUCUUAUAGGUCAUUUCCAACCUUGUUAUUCCAUGAUUCUGUGAUUUUCUUGUCUUUGAGAAGGCAGAUCACUGUCUGCAGAUGUGCAGUGCUGCAUAUGGUCUGCAAUGUUCUGAUUCACAUCUACACUGUAAUUCAGCCCCAGCACAGAUCUUGAUCUUGUCUCCAGCUCCACUGUCCAUAUAUAGAAUUGCUGUCUUCAGUUUUAGGGUGAUUUGUAUCUUGCUGUGCCAAGGCAAUGUCUCUGAUAAUGUUGCAUGUCAGGAACUGUUGCAAGUCUGGUUAGGAGGUAAGGUGUGAAUUAUGUGUUCUCAUUGUAGGAGCCUCAGCAUUACAGGGCUGUGUUUUCUCUGCUCUGUGGCAUCUGCAGUAACUCCAGCCCCCAGUGAUGCUGAUGGCAGAUUGCCUGGCAAAUUCUGAUCAGGCAUCCCCAAAUAGACUACUUGUAGAAGCAGUUAAGCACAUGUGGCCAAAAUAUGAUACUGAAGGAGUAUCAUACUCCAAAAAUAGGUACGUUAUCUUUGAAUGGCAUUUAGCACCACAUACUACCCAGUCUUCAUUUGCAAACAAUCGCAAGGAAUUGAGUGAUGACAGCCUAAUUAAUUAUGAUCUGUAUUAAGCUAUUGAGAGUGUCAUUAACCCACUGGGAGGGAGACUUCUGAUUUAAAACACUGGUCAUGGUUUUGUUUCUGCUUGGCAGGAGUGUAGUGUCCCAGCUGCCAUGUUGUUGCUGACAGAUGGCAACCCAUUUGCUUGCUGUCAUCUCCCAGUGCUUUGAGGGUGUCAGAACCUGCUCACCAGUAAGUCUCAUGCUUACCAUCAUGGUGUGGAUCUGCCCCAGUAAAAAGCCAUAGGGAGAUGGUCAGGGAGUAGUGCUGCACUCUUAAAAUCAUAGAGUCAUAGAAUAGCUUGACUUGGAAGAAGCCUUAAAGAUAAUCUCAUCCAGUGCUCUUUCUUUGAGCACGGUUGAUGACUGCUAGAUCAGGCUGCCCCAGUUCCCAGCCAACCUGGCCAACCACAGCUUCUCUGGGCAACUGUGCCAGGGCUUCACUGCCUUUUGAGUAAAGAAUUCUUCCUAAUAUCUGAUCUGCAAGCCUUCAUCUCUGCCUAGGGCCUGGUGAGUCCUACCAUAGCUCUUGAUACUUCACUACUUCUUACCAUGGAAUCAAGAGGCCAGCUCUCAGAUCACCAUUCAGCUCCUAUACAGCAUAGCCCAGGUGUGGUGGCUGAGUGGGUCACUUGCAGAGAUCCCCUGCAGGCAGAUGACAGUGCUUCUUUCUUCUCUCUUUUUCCUUUCCUGUUUUCCUGACUUUCAGCUUUCUCUGAUCUGGUAUUGGACCUCAUCAAUCAGCUCACUAGCCCAGCAUAAAACAUAGCGCAGAGGGGGAAAUUGAGAUAGUUCUCUGCCAGAUUACUGACUUGAUUCUGCUCAAAAAUUGAUUUGCAGCUCCAGAGGGAGAGGCAGAGGAGGAUGUUCCCUGUCUAAAGGCUGCACUGCAGCUUUGGAAACCCAUCAGAGAUAAUGCAGUGGGAGCACCUUCUGUGUAGUUUGCAGCUGUUGGUUGCCUUCUGAACUAUUACUUGUGCAUGUAUUUGUGGCACUGUAGGCUUGCACAGGGUGUUUCUAUUCAUAAUGGUAGUUGAAGCUGACAUUCUCAAUAUCUGGGUUUUGCAAACUGCCUGUUAAAUUUUCAAAUACAAAUUUAUGCAACAAAAUGUGUUUUUAAGUACAGUAAUUUUAUUAAUUUUAAGGAGAAUGAAAUACUGUUCUGAACUACCUUGUAGACUAAGUUAACUAAUUUAUGAAGCAUAUCUAAAACAACAGUACAUACCUUAUUCAUUUACACAGUUCAGUAAUUCUGGGAUAGCAUCCACGCCGUUGGAGUAUAGGACAGUCUAACAAUGAAAGUAGUGGUGCACGUUCUCCUUUGUGAAGAAUAUCAAUGCUUUCAAGCUAUUUUCUAUUUUUAUUUUUAAAAGCUGCUCAUCACUAGUAUUCAAUCUACAGUGUAGUUGCCCACUUAUUUCUCUUAGAAAGGAGUGUAGAAAAUGAGAUUUGAGCAGCAACUUUUAUUGCUGUUUGUCCCUUCUUGCCUGUUUGUGACUGUCUUCCACGACAGGUUGUGCAAGUGAUGUGUGAUAUGAAGACAUGGAUCAGGAAGAAUUGGUGUUGAGUCAUGGCAGAGCCUGGGCUGCCCCAGUUCUUGCAGCAGCCCCAAGGGAACUGAGAUGCUGUAUAUUCUACAUUUCUUCCCUUCCCAGCUCAUAUUUACCCCUUUUUUGUCUCCCUGCCUGAGGACAUCCCAUAAGUGCAUUGACUGACAUUGACUGACGUGGUGUGUGGGCUGGUUAUUCCUCCCCACCACCAGCUGCAAGUGACUAUGGCUGACCAACUGGUCUUCCCCAUCCCCAGCAUCCCUCUCUCCAUCCCUUUGUACCUCUAACGUUCCUUUCUCCUGGUGUUUGUCAUAGGGGAAGGGGACUGCUCUGUGGAGGGCAGCACAGAGUUCCCUCCCUGCUAUCAAGUGCCCUUGUGCUUUGGGGAUAAUGUGCUCAGGGCAGGCUGCCUCGCUUUGAGUGCAUGUGGUCUGUGGGAUACAUGAUCACUCACAGGCUUGCAUCUCUUGUCUCCCAACACUCUCCCUUUCCCUUCUUCUCUGUUUUUUAUGGGAGUGCUUUCAAAUCAUAAAAGGAGAAUAGAACACAGUGAUGUGUUGAGGGCCAGUUUUGUGCCUUUGCCUGGCCUUCCAAUGAUGUCUUUAAACUGAGUAGAGAUGACUGAUCCUCCUCCACAGUUCAUCCUGGACUGACACUAGAGUGGAAAUCAAUUUGUCUUAGGCAGAGUGGGCAACAGGAAAGCAGGACCUCCUUGACGCCCUACGGCCAUUUGAAUGUAUGGGAAGGAGGAAUACUGACGGGAUGCAGCGCUGAGGUUAGAUUUGCCUGAAAUGAGCCAAUGCAUGCUAGGUUAGCGGGGAUUCAGCUGUACACUACUAAGUGUGGCUGGCAGUGGAUCUGCACUUUUUAAUGAGGGUUCUUUGUUAAACAUUAGCGUUAACAAGAUGGUUGUCUUGCCUAAUGUGAGUUGCUGUCCUUGUUCUUAAAAUGGGGAUGUAUUUUCUUCUAUUUCUAUGCUUUCAUGUAAGUGCUGAAUCUGCACGCUCUGCUGAGGAAGAGUGUGAAAAGAAGGCAGUCCAGCAUAAAGCAUGGCUAUCUUCCUAGCAGGAGAACUGGGACUGCACUUUCUGGGGAUGGUCGCCAUGCACCGAGCCUGCUUUGUAGCCAGGAGCACUGGCACAUCAUCCGGUAUCUCCCACAUGUCUGAUGGCCCUAUGCAGGGUCAGCGUGGGUGUCACAGCACCUCUCUGAAAAAUCAGAGCCCUGGGCCAGCCAGGUAAGGCAACUGUGCUUCUGCAUGCUGAGCAGGGGAAGGCCGUAAGCACAAUUCGGCGAUGGUGCUGUCCCUGUGUGCAGGAUGGACAUAUGCAGCUGGCACAUGGGGCUGUGAUGUAUCUCUGCGUAGGUUUUGGAAAGCUGAGCACCAGCAGGAAUGUGGAGGCUGGUUCUCCAUGAUGCUCUACUGGAUAACGUUAGCUGGCAACGGAGUGAUCCUUCAGAGGAAGGCAGGUUCCUCAAAGCCCCAAGAAAUGGUGUGGCUGCAUGGCUGCCAGCUCCACCAGUGAAACCGAGUGCUGGUUCCAUCCUGCCUCUGGGGCUCUGCUGAUGUUGUCCGCCAGCACCUCGACUCUUCCGAAUCCAGUGGAGAGGCACUGACUGCAGCGCAGCGUGGGAAAGCCCCACAGCUUGGAGAUGUCUGUGGGCUCAUUGAAAAGUCUGACAAUGGCCAUUCACUGGAGUAUAUUCAAAGCAAUGGGGAUGUCUAAAGCUUUAACUCCUAAUCUGACGGGGAAAAAAUCAGUUUGGCACAAAAUUUACUUGUUCCAUGAACUGAUGGGUUUUAACAGUCUCUAGAGUUUAUGUCUCAAGUCAGAAAUUUAUUUUCUCUGUUUUCUCACUUUGUUUAAUGUUGGUUGGUAUUAUGAACAAAAUUUGUUUUUGUUUUUUUUAAAUACAAAUGCCAUUAAAUGUCUGUGCAUUGGAAAUGGACCUACUGUUUCCAGGGGAUUGAGACACUUCUACUUUCUCUUUUAUUCUGGUGCUCAGCACUCAUUACAUAGCAGCCACUGGUCUCUGAAAACAAUUAGUACUCUUUCAGAUUUAUUUGAUCUGUUGUAGUUAAUAGAAGAUUUAUUCACAGUGUUUGGGAUUUUGUAUGGUAGAUGCUAACUCUGAUGCUAACUUUUACGCUACAUUUGGGAAUUUUGGCUAGCUCUGUUCUGUACAGUCCAUAAGCAUCAUGCAAAUUGUGAAAUUGCCAAGCAAGGGGAAAAGAAUCAAGAAAAUAUAAAAUGUUCUUUAAAAUACUGUAUUAUUCUUACUCUAGAAAAAAUAAACUCUUAACAUUAAUUUUAAUGACGCUAUCUUCACCAUUUCAGCUGUUCUUUUUGUGAACAGAGAAAACUCUGCAAUAUUCCUCAGGCUUAGAAUUUGAUCUGCUUUGUAAAGGCUUGUGAUCCUGCUGAGAUUGUCUUCUGCAUCAUUAUAAUGUGUUCUCAGCUGGCCUGAAUCACACGCAGCCUCAAGUAGUGCCACAUUGCUCCUGCCAGUAUUCCUCCUUCCCUUCUGCUACGUUGCAUCCAGGCUGGGCUGCUCCGCACAAGGCUGGGUGUCAAAUGCAGAGCAGAAACACCUGAAGCACUCAAGACUUACAGGCAAAUUGUGACAUAGAAUGUGUUACAAGAGUCUGCAAGCUGGCAGGGGGAGAAGGGAGAAGUAGAUGGCAGUGCCCACAAGCCCAAGUGCUGCUGGUGGGCAGAGCUCGGUGAGGAACGCACCCCUGGGCUUCAUGUUUCUACCCACCUUGUUGUCACAGAUGGGUCUGAAACCUGAAGGAGAGGACAUCAUCCAGCCACUGCUUUGUUGUCUGAACUUGUCUGUGCCUGCAUGACCCACGUACCUCUGGGUCAUCUUGAGACCUAUUAGGCAGACAAAGUUAUUCAAGACAUAAAACAAAGAAAUGGCAAAAUGUCUGAGUAUAGUGAAGGCAGUGGAAAGGCAGUGGAAAAGCCUGGCAAAUGCAAUAAAAGUUGUGGUUUUUUUUUUUCCCUAAAGAAGGCAAGCGUAAUCCUCGUCUUUAAGCUAUCCUUUAAUAUCCUACUUUGUUUUACACUGGAAUUAGAAAAUCUUUUCCAUUUGUUUUAAUUAUCUGCUGACUUUAAUUCUGCCUUUGAAAAAUGUUUUUGCUAUGACAACCCCAGCUAUGCUGAGUAGCAUUAGGGAAAAACAGUUAAAGUAAAGCUUUUAUCUUUCCCUACAUGCAAUAUUUAAUCAUUCUAAUCUUUUAAUAUGAAUGUGGUUUCUCCCAUUCUGAAAAUUGACAAGAUUAGGGCUGCCUCUCCCAAAAUAGCACUUCAAAAGCACGUUUUGCUUAGGCAUAGCUAGUGCAGUACAUAACCAGCUAGCAAAGCAUGGGAAUUCCUGUAAGUGACCAAUUGAUUCUCAGAGUUAAACCUGUGUCUGAGGCUAACUUUCACGUGCCAACUUUUCUAACUCUGCCUAAACUCAACUUUUUUAAGAACAGUUUGUAAAAAAAGUACAUUCUUUUGUUUUAUAUAAAAAGGGUGUUAAAAGAUUCACUGUUCUGCCAAACAAUAAUAUUUCUAUGCACUGUAUCAUUCAGUGGUGUUGCUGUUGAAAUUUUGCAUGUUUUCUGGACGUUCUGACAUCCGUAUGUUUAUGUGGUACUUGUAGAAAUGCUAACCAUUGCUGCUGUGAUCAGAGCCACUGAAAAACUGAGAGCUGUAUGAGAAGCCCUGCCAGUCAGCAGGUAUUUCUGUAUGUCACAGUAAAUCUCUGCGUUCUGACGUUGUUUCCUGUGUUAAGCCAAUGUUCAGUGCCUUCUGGAGAAGGAACCAACAUGUUGCAGUAGGCAGGAGGUGCUGAACGUUUCAUGUCUUCUGAACAGGUGACCACUUAUCAGCUUGAUCCUUAAAGAACAAACAAACAAAAAAAAGUAUUAAAGAAAAUCUUGAAUUCUCCAUCUUUCUUUGAGGUGUCUUCUCAUCAAUUUUAAUUUGGAAUAAAAAAAUUAAGAUGCCCAACCAACUGCCUUGAUGAAGCUAAAGGCUCCCGCAGCCGUAUGCCAGCUGUGAACGUGAGGGGUAAGACAUUCCUGUGGAUAGCUGAUCCAGUGAUCAGCCAAGCCUGUGAGAGCUGUUGUGGAGUUUGCUAAAAAUGCCUACUAAUGAAAGCAAUCCUCUGACUACUGUAAGAAACUGCCAGCUCUCCUAGCAGCUGUGAGCCUGCUCCUGUAAACAAGUGUCAGCCUGGUCAAGUGGUGGAUUCCAGUCACUUUCCCACCUCCGCUGAAGCCACGCUUUGCUGCCAAAUGAGCCUUGGAUGAAAUUCAAGCCUGAGAUUUUUGGUCUCGUUCUUUCCAAUUGCUUUCAUGGCAGGCGGGCCCUGUUUAUCAAAAUUCUGACACAGCAUUUUCAGCUCCUUUUCCACCUUCCCCUUAGAAUCUGGCAGUAUAGCAGAUACACACAUACCCAGAAUUAAUUUUGACUUAGCUAGGAUUUUGACAGGCUGAAAUCAUACCAUAUUGUAUUUGUACAACAGAAACAAGCUGUGGGUAAAAGCGUGAUCUGUCACAGAUCCCUGCCACCAGGCACAGUCAGCUGCACCUGGUCUGCUCUGAAAGUACCAUCUUAUGUGCAAACAAUGAAGGGCUAUAGCCAUUGUUUCAUGAUCUCUGCUGACAGGUGAAAAUCUGCUAAACAUCCUGAAAAGGUUUUCAAAUCAGAAUACCAGAAAAAAAAAAAAAAAAAAAAAACCAAAAACCUGUGUGACUGGGACAAUAACAGAGAAUUGAAUUCAUUCCUGCUGCUCUGAAGCCAUCUCUGCACCUCUGUACAAGGCAGUUUGUAGCCCUUGGUGUGCAAAGUGCUUCUCCCAAAAUAGUUUACAUCACAAUCUUCAAAAUUGCCAUUCCUUUUUGUCGCACCUGGAACAUUUACAAAAAGCAGUAUUGCAAGGUGCAGGCUGGACCACCCUGGAAGUCUGUCCAUGCAGUAGUCCUCUCCCACAGACCAAUGGAUUCAAGGUGCAGUCUUGCCUCAAAUACUGUGUUCAUUUCUGGGCUCUACAAAAAGAAAUUGUUAAGGUCCAUGAAACAGUCUGAAAGACAGCAAAAAAAAAAGCUAGAAGGCAGAAAAAAAGGUAGAAGGUUUGGUAGAAGGCAUGUGUGGCACUGUGUGAGGAGAGGUGGGCAGGCCUGGGUUAUCGUGUGUGGAGGUGGCAGAAAAGUGGUCACUGCUCUGCAGCUCCCUGAGGGGGAGCAAAGGGACAUGCUGGGCUGAGCCCCCUGGUGGGACAGAACGCAAAGGAGUGGCACAGAGCUGCACCUGGGGAGGAUGAGACGGGGCAUCGGGAAGCAUUCCUUCACCAUGAGGGCAGUCCAACUGUGGAACAGGCUUCCUAGAGGUGACACAGCUGUCAGUGGCCAUGGGGGGUUUGGGCAGUGUGCUCAGUGACUGCUGUGACUGUUGAUUAGCAAUUGAUGUUGAGUGAAGGCCCCUUCCCACUGAGUUGUUCUAAACAUUCCUAGAACAUUUCUGAAAUCUCAACCGUCCAAAAGUGAUAAGGGUGCUUGAGGCCUUUUGCAGUAUUUCAGUUCCCAUCUCGUGGAUGGAAUAAGGCUGUCCUCAGAAAUAAAGGGCCAUUUUAUUGCUCUAAAAUCCAAUGGCUUCUUCUUAGAAUUAUAGAAUCAUAGAAUCGCUCAGGUUGGAGAAGACCUUAAAGAACAUGAAGUCCAUCUGCAACAUAACCGUACUACCCUAACUCUAGCAACCCUCCUCUAAACCAUAUUCAGCUGCUUUCUGAUGCCAGCUGAGACCAGCUGCAAUGAGUUUCUCUGUUGUUUUUGGUCUCUAGUGGCUAUGUACACAUGAACACAUCUGCGCCAGUGCAGUGAGGAGUUUCUGCUCCACAGAACUCCUGCCUGCAUAGGCCUGAUAUUAGGUAUGCAAGGCAGUGGCAGAGAGUCUUAUUCCUUGCAUUUUUUGUCUUUUUAGCUAGGUCUUAGUCUUCCAGUCCAACUAAUUGCAGAAAUUGACUUAGCAAUUGCAACCUACUGUAGGGAACCUGCUUUGGAGUGAAGGAUCUCCAUAAGUCCCUUCCAACCCCUAUAAUCCUGUGAUUCUGUGAUCCUGUAAUUGGUAAUUGGUCCUUAGAGCUCCUUCCCACACACUGACCCAACCUGCCAAAAGGUGUGUCAGGUUCUUGCAGAACUACAGUUGUAUAUUCCCAUCUUCACUUUGACUGCAGAUGCAUCUACACUGCCUUCAGCUUAGAUUUGAAUCAGAAAAGCAAACAGCACUGUUUAGUUAGCUCUUUGCAUGCCAGAAAUCCAGUUGUUUUACAGAUGCAGACGUGGCGUUAGGUUUCAGCCUGCAGCCUGCAGUGUGUGAGAAGUUUUCCUGGCGUUUGUUCAUUUUUCACCACAGCUCUCUGGUUUCAAGAAGCAAAUGGGCUGAUGUUAAUGCUGUAGUGGAUUUGAUGCCACUGCCCCAUCAGUGUGAUGCCUUCUGUGUACAUGUUGUAAGCUCCUGUAAUUGUGUUUUGACCUAAGUGCACUGUGGUGCAGGAAAAGCUUUUUGAUUUUUAUUAUUAUUAUUAUUAAAUAAUAAAAUAAAACCCUAUUGCAUUUCUGUCUGUGCUGCUGAAAGGAGACAAGAGAGAAUUUAUCCAUCCACAUCCCACUGGAAUUUUGAGGCUAACUUAGGUUUCUUUGGACCCCUUUGCAAGCCCCAGUUGUAAUCCACUAUAUUAGGCAGAGACGUUAACAUGAGCAGUGAUACAUUUCUAACACUAAAAAUGAAGUUUUUCUGUGGGACCUUCUCACACUGACAUCUUGCCUCUGCAUUUCGGAAUUUAUAUAUUUGUACAUUUGUUAGGGAGAAGGAAGAUUUUAGUAUAUUUUAAUUAAUUAGGCUUUGCAAAUCCAGGAUAUCUGAGAGAGAGAGAGAGAAGGUUUACUGGAUUUUUUUUCGGAAGACAUCAGGAAAAUUGUCAACCCUCAGAGCUACCUGUUCAACUUCAGACCUGGUUCAUUCUGGAUCUGAAAAAGAACAAGAGACCUGGAAAAAUAAAUAAAUGAAGAAAAAGUCUGCACUGGUAAAUGAGGAAAGAUUCCACAGCCUUCUUCAGCGCCAGGUCCCCAGCUGCGUUCCCAGGUCUGCCAACCCUUUUACUUGAUGGCUGGAUAGGUUUUAACUCAUGUGGAUGCCAUGUUGCUCUUUCUGCAGCAGAUUUCUAAGAAGCAAACUUCACAUUGGUUAAGAUCCUUGAGAACAACAUCAUCAUCUGUGUCUUAUGACACUUUUGUGCCAGCUGUACUUUUUUCCCUCACUUCAAAGUGCUCCACUCCUCUUCACUGGGGGUGGAGAAAAGAGAUGCUUUAUUGCCAUCUGUUGCACCACACUUCAGCCAGGUGCCUCCUUGGCUUCCCUGAAAAAUGCUUCUUUGGGGUGAUUGUGUAUAAAAGUUUAUUAAAUAAGAAGACAGUAAAAUCAAAAGGUCUUUUUUUUUUUUUUUUUAAUGGUCUGGAUUUCAUCCCCUGCUCACUUAUCCAAUAAUUGGGCAUUGAUGAAGCAUGAGUUCACUGUUGUGUUAAUUGGAAUAUUCACUUUCACCAAUCUGCAACUUCCAAAGACACUCUGAUCUUUAUCACACUCUGUUUUUAUCUCCCUGUAAUAAUCCUUAACAUGUCUGGUUCUGCUGUGUUAGAGGUUGAUUUCACUGUCCACACGACAUUUGCCACUGUUGUAGUGUGACUUUUUAUUUCUGUUUUUUAAUAUUUGCGUUGGUACAGCCUUAAACUUACAGAAUUAAAAAUCAUUUCAGAGAUAAUCAAGAUAGUCAUUGAUGUCUGUGGUAAGUGCAUGCUUUAUUCACAGUAUUUUGUCUGUAACUAGGUGUAGCGACCAAUACUCAUAUAUUUAAUAAACUGUCUUCUGCAAAGUU